GAAGUAAAUAAUCGAUUAGGAGGCUGCGAAAAGCUUAAUAAUUGAGAACUACGAUGAGGAAUUUGCCAUGAUGGUCAAGCAAUUCCGGAAGUUCAAGAAGUUCUUCAAGAAGGCUGACUCAGUUAGAAGGUCGUCCAAGGGAAAGCCACAGGUAAGUGACUCCCCUCCUGAAUCUUAUUUAUGCUAUAACUGCAGGAAGCCUGGCCACUGGAAGUCAGCAUGCCCGUACCCAAAGAAGGCAAUGGUUGCUGCUGAAAGUGACGAGUCAUCCAGCUCAAGCUCAGAUGAAGAAGCCCUCAUCUGCAUAGAGCGCAGAGUUGAGAAGUCCAACCAUGAGGAUAGAUGGACUAUGUCAGAAGAUGACACCCUCUGCCUAAUGGCCAAAGAUGAUGCUGAUCAAGAGGUAACUUCACAAACCUCCUGCUCAUCUUCUUAUGAAAGCAUACCAACUUCUGAAAACCUUUUUGACCAGUUCAAAAAGAUGAUGGAAGAUUUUGAGGAAAUAAAUCUCAAACAUUCAUCCUUAACAGAGGAGAACAUACUAUUGAGUAAAGAGAAUCUCAAGUUGACUGAAGGUCGAAAAAGUCAACUGAAUGAGAUCACUCAACUCAAGACUGAAAAUGAAUCUCUCUCUGAAAAGGUGAAAUCCCUUAACAAGGAGCUAGGAAUACUUAAGUCCAAAGAAGCAGUGGAUAAGCUUUUUGAAACGACCAAACAUAAGGGUCGUGAAGGACUUGGAUUUGAGCCCUCUAGUUCCAAAAGGAAAGUGAGAACAACUUUCAUCCCUCCUAAACCUACUGCCCAACCAAAUAAGCAGAAAGGAAAGGAAAAGGAGAAACCAACAGAAUUUCCAAAAAAGUUUUGUGAUAAAGGUUACUCCUUGGAAUUCUACAAGGACAUGGCAUCUCUCAAGAACAUAUCCACAAAUGAAGUCAUUCUCACUGGGAAGAGAAUCAGAAACAUCUAUGAAGUAAUGUGGGAUAAUGUCAAGGAAGCAUGUCUAAUCAGCAAAGCCGCUCAAGAACUCUCCGAAGGACCCACAAAGCUAAAAUUUGAGGAAGAAGUUCUUGAAUUCUACAGAAAUGGAGAGGUCAAAACUGCUCAUUCAAAGAAGGACCCACAGAGGACGUUUCCAGUCAUCAAGUCCACUGUUGGAGCGAAGAAAGCAAAUCUGAAUAACGAUUACAAGUUAGUGUUGGAACUGGUCAUCGCUUGCCUCGAGUGUGGAAGUGGAGGUCAUGCCGAUGACAUCACCCAGGAGAGAGCCUUCAUCAUCAACGCUCUAAUUACCAAAUCAAAGGGAAAAAGUAUGAAGCCCGAUAUUGGCUAUACUACCUGUCGUCAAAAAGGGGAAAACAGAGCAGGUGCUAGUGCUACUCUAGAAGAAAGCUCAUCAGACAAUAUCCCACUCAUCAAUCUGACAAAGACUGCCAAAAGAAAGCAAGUGGUGUCUCCCUCCAUCAGCAUUGAAGCACCACAGAACCUUGCGUUGAUCAAUUUGGAAGAGGAAGAAGAAGUCUCUGACCAUGGAGAACUUCAAAGGAAGAAAAAGAGGAAGAUCAACUCUCCAUCAACAUCUGGAAAUGUCAAUCCGGAUGAGUUGAAGGAGAAGGAACCUGUUGAAGAAACCUCUGCCCAAAACCGGAGCCCUCAACAACUUGAAGAAAAAAUUCCUCAAGUCCAAAGCCUUCCAACCUCAUCAUCUCAACCUCAAAUAGAUGAUGCUGAUAACCAAUUCUGGCAGCUCUACUAUGAUUGGAAAACCUGGAAAAUCUCCAAUCAUACUGAAACUGAGAUCCCGGAGAAGUUAGCAGAAAUUCCAGAACAGUCAACCUUCCCAGAAACAAAUGAAGAGGAGCAAGCGGUAGAAGUCCAAAGGAAUUCUGGAGAAGCAGAGAAGGAAACUCAAAUGGCAGAACUGGAGCAAAAAGGAGAGUCUGAGAGGACACUAAAGGUUGCUGAUGAAGAAGAUGUACAAGAAGAUGCCGAAUCUCUUCAUAUGCAACUCUUCCAAAGAACACCCUCCUCUCAUCAGGUAACCAACUUUCAUUUUCAUAGCUCUUCUACCCCUACCUUUCCGGAUGGUGUACCGGAAAUCUGGACAAAGCAGGUCCAAGGGCUGAUUGAAUCAGCCCUAACAUCUCAACAUGCCUCCUUUAGGCAAGAGAUAGAGCAAAUGGAAGCCAGGUACACCAAGCUGAAAGAGAAAUCUGAAGAGAAACACAGCACAGAUCUCAAAGAAAUAAGCAAGUCAGUGGACAAGACUCUAGAGAUCAUCUCUCUAUUGAGUGAAACUAUGAGCAACACGAUGGAAAUAUAUGCCUCUGACAGUCAACUUCAACUCAAAGAGAUCAACAACGUCAAGGAGCAAAUAGCGAGUGUCACAGUUGGUCUACAAAAACAGAUGUCCCUUCUCCAAAUGGACAUCAGAUCAGCCCUAGCAGUAGCUUCUGCAAAUCAAGUAGUGACCAAAGACUACUUGAAGGUGAUCAUUGACAAUCAAAAAGAAGCAUACAAGCUGUUCAGACUUAUUGGCGCAAAUUCUGGGAACCGCAAGAUGGAAGUGAUUCUCCAACAACACAGCCCAUCUCCAAUACCACAGCUCCCUAUUGCAGUCAAAGAAGGAGAAGUAUCUUAUAUUCCUUCUCAUCUGAACAUGACAAAUCUAAUCCUUGAAGCACAGAAAAGAAAUCCGGAAAACUCAGCACAGCAUCUAUCCAACUCAGGACUAGAUGGAACAGAAUUUAUAGGUACAGUUGUUGACCACUUCUCAAAUGAUGCUCAAUUAGAAGAAAGACGUGAAAAUUUAAGGCGCAUCAAAGAACUGUGUGGGAACAUGCAGGGCAUCAGUGAGGACUGGUCUCUCUCUCUCUUCCGUUACCUUGUGCCUGCCGCUGUCCCGUCGACUAGAGACGCCGACCAGGAAGCUGACGCCGCCAUCUUCCUCGUUCUCCGCCGCUAUUUCCGUCCGCGCAUCGCCGAAGGAGAGGAGCAACCGUCCGUUGUCUCGCUUGUCUCCGCCGACCAGGGCAGCGCCGCGACUCGCCGUCGACUUCAGGAGUUCCGGUGACAUUCUCCUCUUUUUCCUCCGUCGCGUGCAGCAGGCCGGCGAGUCCUUCCCAAUCCAAGGUUGAAUUCAUCAAAUUUCGAGUGAAUCGCCCAACGGGGCUGUUUGGCCUGGCUUCGGGUUCGGGCAGCCGGGGCGGCUACCGGUGGGGGUGCCGGGGUUGUUCCGGCGACGAUGUGACUGUUCCGGCAGGGGCAGCGGGCCGGAGGAUCGAUUCCUUGGGUUCAGUUCAGCGCAGGUAGGAACACAGAUUUGGAUGGGCAACCCGGAGGGCAGUGAAGUGGUGGUGUGGCGUGGAUGGCUCUUGUUUACUUUAAUAAUUAAAGUACAUUAUUUUAUUUGAUUAUAUGGACUCUUGGUCAUUACUUUGGUUUUCUUAUGCUUUCGCGACGUUUGGAUUUAUUUAAUCACUCCAAUGAACUAUGGUUUCGUUU